AUUGAUUAGGGUGGCUCCAAAAAUUGAUUAGGAUUCUGAUGUAUCCACGACUCGAAUCGUCAUUCGUCUGAAAGGCUUUAAGUCUUCACAUUGGGGUUCUAUUUUACACGAAGAGCUCAUGAAGAAUAUUAAUGAAGAAGGAGAAAAGGCGACAAGGACCCCUCCCCUGAAUGGGGGGGAAAAAGUCAAAGAAGUGAGAGGCUUUGAAGACCCCUAUUGAUGCAACCAACCUAGUGGAUGGUAGAAAGAAGAAGUCUAGCGCUAGACUUGGAGCAGCAAACACAAUCGCGGCAACCUUCCUCCAGUAUCUUCAGGUUUCAUUUCGUACCCAGUCCAGCGACCUACGUUCAACCAACCUAUCAUAGCAUCAGGUGUCAUAGACGGUAUCAUAUAUAUCAUGUCUCCUAUUACGGAAUCUUCCGCCACUCGCAUUCGGUACAACCAAGACGGUACUCGGAGACAAGGCAAGCUAUUGACUCUUCAAGGUGUUACCAAUAGGAACGUGGACGGUCAAGUAGAGAUUGAUCAUGGGUAUCUCUAUGUUCACGUCGCAUCCUUCCUGGCUUGGAAGCACGCGCAGGAACGCAAUGGGGUCAUACUACCCUCUCUGCCACAAGUCCUGGGUGACUGCGAUUUCGAUUGGUCCUUGGAAUCCAGAGAUACCCAGUUCUCUCCUGUGCAUGGAGUACGAGCCUUGGUCGCAGCCACCACCGAUCCAACACCCAAAGUGACUCAUACUCACAACAACAACAACUAUACCCAUACCCAUGCUACUGGCAACUAUACCCAUACCCAUACCAUGACAAGUCCUGAAGCACAACCGCAAGCAGAAGAAGACUGGCAAAUGCCCUUUGGCAUUGUGGGGUCCGUCUAUUCCAGUGUCACGCUACCAAUAACGGCGUUUGGACAAGGAUUCAGUCUUCCUCAAACCAGCGGCGGAGCCAUUAGUGGAGCGUUGGAAAAUAGUCAGGAUGCCAAUGCGCGAGCUGCCGUACUACUUAUUCGGUCUCCUAUUAUCCCUGUGUACGUCGCGAAGAACAUAACCUCACCCACCUUACUUUCGGAAUCUUCCUAUCUUGCUCUGGGCAUGGCCAGUCUCUUGGAAUCCCUCCUGCUAGGUGGGCCAAUCUACUUUACAGUGGUGGACAAUCCCACGGCAUCCUACUUGGUUGGAUCUGCACUUUUGUGUAUCAUCAGCCUUACUAUUCUACUUAUACUACCUUUAUAUCACCAGUCUUCCGCCCCUGUUUCCACCCUGGCAAGACAAAAUGGUGUAGCAGAUCUAACCGACGCGUCCACCCGCAGCACCCCAUUUGGUUCUCACGAGUCCAAAGCAGGGUUCAUGUUUAUUACGCGAAUUCAUGAUACUCCUCCGAUUCCAAAGAAAGGGAACGGCCGACCCCGUCAUGGUAGUACCGUUCCUGCCUCCAAAACGGGGCCGAUGGACGCAUCAUCACAAGCAAACGAAACAACGUUUACCAGACCGUCGCAACAACCAGAGACCAAGUCAAAAAGAGAAAAUCAUCUCGACAUGGGCGUUCACACUGUUUGA